AUGAUCCCAACCAGCGCCCUAAGUCCCCUUGGCCAAUACUUCGAGCAACACUGUACGCGAGCAUGGGAAUACUUCGAGGCUGAACGGUUUGACGAAGCGAAUGCCAUCUCAAGGAGACUCGUCAAUGACCCUCGAGUCGGCUUUCUACAUAAAGCCUCUUGCCAUAUGAUUCUAGCACAUUCACCUGACGAUUAUGUAUACCACGCGGAGCAAGCGGUGAAGUUGUUUGGGGAGAUGUAUUACGAUUCUGAGGUGCCGCCGGACGAGGAGCAGAGGAGGAGUCAGGAGAAGCUUGUGGCGAGCGCGGAGAAGGUGCUGGGGCAGGCGAGGAGGGAUGCGAAGAUGUAG